GUGCCACAGUAUGCGAAACUCGCGCACCACUCACGAAUCUGCUGAAGAAGAACACGCCCUACAAAUGGGAGACGAAGCACCAGGAAGCCGUGGAGCAGCUGAAACAAGCACUAACGUCCGCACCGGUGCUCAUCUUGCCAGAUCCCGAACGCGACUACGUAAUCGAGAAGCUGACGCCAGCGACCAGGCAGUGGGAGCAGUCUUAAUGCAAGACCAGGGGAAUGGACUGCAACCAAUUGCCUACCUCAGCAAGAAACUGCACGGGGCAGAACUCAACUACCCGAUACACGACAAAGAGGCUCUUGCUAUCGUCAUCGCCUUCAAAGCGUGGAGAUGCUAUCUCGAAGGACGAAGAACGACCGUCUACACCGACCACUGCAGCCUGAAAUAUUUGAAGACACAACCCAACCUUUCCAGGCGGCAGGUCCGGUGGAUCGACUUCCUCGAGACACACUUCCACUACGACAUCGUGUACAAGCCCGGCCACAAGAACAAAGCAGACGCUCUCAGCCGGCCUGCACAC